GUGCCAUAAAGCGGGACAAAGUUAACAAGGCGGGUGCAUGUACUGGAGCGGGAGAAGGUCCAAGAUGGCGCUUCCUCGGUGCGCAGCCGGGCCACACGUCUUCUCGACUCUCCUGUUGCUGCACUGCUUCGGCUUUGGUGCAUCCUCCUCCAUAGUUAACAUGAGGAAGGUCACUCAUCCUACCGUGCGGCAGCCGUUGGCCGCUGAAGCUGCGCUCCCCUGCGUCUUCACUCUUCCCAACGGCUCAUCCUCUCAGUCUAUCCGACUCCUGUGGACUCUCGUCAGGCUUCCUGCUGGUGGACAGGAGUCCCCUCUGGAACACGUUGUGUUGUCAGCUCAAGGUGACGUAAUCAAGGUGAACGAGGCUUUCAGCGGCCGCGUCAGGCUGCCGGGAUACGCCGCCGAUCCCCUCAACGCUACCAUGGAGAUCUCCGGUCUGCGUACCAACGACUCGGGCACUUACCGCUGUCAGGUUGUCAUGGGCAACAACUACGAGAGAGACGCCGUGCCCCUGGUGGUCUACGGUGUGGUGUUUCAUUACCAGGCUCCCGGCGCUCGUUACGCCCUCUCCUUCGCAGACGCCCGGCGAGCCUGCCAAGAGAACUCGGCUCAGAUGGCCACGUCGGGCCAGAUGUGGGCGGCGUACUACGACGGCUUCGCCGGCUGUGCGGCCGGCUGGCUGGAUGAUCAGACUGUCCGCUAUUCUGUCCGGUCAACCGAGUUGGACUGCUCUGGCCAUAAGGAGUACUCUGCUGGAGUGAGGAAUUAUGGGAAAAGAGACCCCAAAGAGUUGUUUGAUGUGUACUGCUUUGCAAAAGAACUGGAUGGCGAGGUGUUUCAUACCUCAGUUCCUGGCAGGUUGUCGCUGUCUUCAGCGUCGGACCGCUGCGUGUCCUUGGGGGGCCAGCUGGCCACCGUGGGGCAGCUUUAUCUGGCCUGGAGGGCCGGCCUGCAUAGCUGCGCCCCGGGUUGGCUCGCCGACGGCAGCGUCCGCUACCCAGUCGGCCACCCUCGUCCGGACUGCGGAGGGAACGAGCCAGGGGUCCACACCGUCACGUUGAACAUCACGAGUGACAACGCCACGGCGCUGUAUGAUGCGUACUGCUACAGAGGUAAAGUGGAGAACACAGACACCAUCUCUCAGAUCUCCACUUCCCUGUGGAAGCCCUGGAGCUACCUCACCGACUCGAGUAGUGCGUCUUCAGCAACAGAGAGCCCGCCUGCCAUUACUACUAAAGAUGAGAGUGGCAAUUCUCCCUCGAACUGGACCGGACCGGUUGACCUUGAGGAGGAGGAGGAGUCGUCGCUUCUUAGCGUCAAUGCUUCCUCAGACCCCUGGUCCUCAGAGUCCUACGUAAGCCUUCAGAUAUCUCCAGGUCAAAGCAUCAUCGACUGGGGAGAACCAUUUGAGCCAGACUCGCUUGAAUUUCUCCGGCCUCCUGUCGUUCCAACGCCUGCCGAGAAGAAGGUCAUCUCGGGGAUUAUCGAAUCCUUAUGGAAGCCUUGGAACUACCUUGUGGGGACUGGUGGUGGUGGUAGUGAGGAAACGACUGCAACUCCCAAAGGAACGGCAGGUGAAGAAGAUGUGAAGAAGAAGCAGAAGAAGAAGGUGGAGCAGGAGGAGGAUGGAGGAAAUACGACCACCGCAGCAUCACCAGCCUUAUUUUCCUGGGGAAGUUUCCUGUUGAGUGGCACCCCCAAGGACGAUACGACUCCAGCCAACGAAGAAUUAUCCGCUCGCGUGACACCUUCUCCCACUGCCUCCAAUAAUUCCUCGAGGACAACCAUUAGUGAGGAGACUCCGCAGACGCGUCCGUCCCCCACCUCCACCCCGGUCCCUGAAACGACUUCUUCUCAUGGGGAAACCACGACCCAGUCCAGUGACAAGAGGGAGGUCACGUUGAUGUCCCGAGCCGGUUCCAGAGGAGGAAGAGGCAGGGGCAAGAAAAACCGUGGGGAGGACCGCAGCAGAGGAGAAGACAAGGGAAGAGGAGAUGAUGAAGGAAGUGGAGAGAUUACCGCCGCCGAGGCCAAAGGGGAGAUUCAAGUCUCACGACGUCCAGUCGGGACCAGUAAACCAAGAGAAAGGUCCAGGUCUAGAGAAAGAGGUCACAGGAAAGGACAGACCACCACCACCACCACCACCACCACCACAACCAACCCAAGUACCACUAGCGAGCCCUCCGUGAUGUCCACAUCUCAGAUUGUGGACCUAUCCGCGUCUAAACUCCUGUUCACCCUUUCAACUGAAACACAGUCCUCAUCCAUCCAAGCAGACUCGGAUCCCAUUUCUUCUACUUCUUCUUCCUCCUCCUCCUCCUCCUCCUCCUCCUCCUCCUCCUCCUCCUCCUCUUCUUCUUCUGCUGCUCCUCUUCCUUCUUCUUCUCCUUCUGCUUCUUCUUCUUCUUCCUCCACGUCAUUACCAUCCUCAGCACCCACAAGUUCAUCCUUUUGGACAUCAACCACAACUCCGAGCCCGUCUCCAUCCCCAGCCCACACAGCCCGGCCGAUAACGACGCUCUCCCCGUCGUCCGCAUGGUCUCCACCUCCGACUCUCGGAUCAGGAGGCCCUCCCGCAUUUCCUCCCGCAGACAACCAGAACGGCUCCGCUAACCUGGAGGCGCUGCUCGAUUGGGUUCCGGUGGAGAGCGUGGCACUUCUCAACAUCUCUCUGGAACCCCCUCCAGAGGAGGAAGAGGAGGAGCAAGAGGAGGAGCCUGCCUGGUCCCAGACUGUGGGCUCGGGGUCGCCGUUACCAGGCAAUAUGGAGGAGGAGGGGAGCAGGUUCAACGUCAGCAACAUCACUCUGGUCCCGGCUGUGGAGCCCUGCGUGACAAACCCAUGUCUGCAUGGAGGAAAGUGCCUUCCUCAGGGAACAGGCUACAGCUGCUACUGCCCACAAGGCUACGCGGGGGAGAACUGUGAGAUUGACGUUGAUGACUGCCAGUCGGAGCCAUGUGAGAAUGGAGGCACUUGCAUCGACAAGAUUGAUUCUUUCCUCUGCCUUUGCCUGCCCAGUUACGGAGGAGACACGUGCGAGAAAGACAUAGAGGGCUGUGAGCACGGCUGGAGGAAGUUCCACGGCCAUUGCUACAGGUACUUCACCCACAGACACACGUGGGAAGACGCGGAGAAAGACUGCAGAGAGCACAGCGCCCACCUGAGCAGUGUCGCCACCGCCAAUGAGCAAGAGUUUCUCAACGGUCUCGGCCACGACAACGCCUGGCUGGGUCUAAACGACCGCACGGUGGAGGACGACUUUCAGUGGACUGACGGCAACGAACUGGUGUACGAGAACUGGCGGGAGAGCCAGCCGGAUAACUUUUUCGCAGGAGGCGAGGACUGCGUGGUGACCAUUGCUCACGAGGAUGGCAAAUGGAACGACGUGCCCUGCAACUACAAUCUGCCUUACAUCUGCAAGAAGGGAACAGUGUUGUGCGGGACCCCGCCCGCCGUGGAAAACGCCCACCUGGUCGGUCGGCGGAGGUCACACUAUGACAUCCACGCGGUGGUGCGCUACCAGUGCUCGGAGGGCUUCUACCAGCGUCACAUUCCCACCGCGCGUUGCAGGGCCGACGGCAGCUGGGAGCGACCCAGGAUCAUCUGCGCCAAAUCCCGGCGCUCCCACCGCUACCGACGCCAUCAUCGCCGAGAGCGCCGCGAGCGUCGCGGCCACAGGAGGCACGGCGAGGGCCACAAGGCCAGAGAGAACGCGCGCAGCUACGACUGAACCAAAUGACACGCCGCCUGCAAAGCCCAGGUGGUACUUGUGCGGCUCCCGCAAGCGAAGAAGUGAUUUCCUCGGUCUGCUUCGAACUGCUUUCUUCCUCCUGACGAGUACGUAAGGUUUUAUUGCUCUCACACAUAGAGGUGAUCUCAUUAACCGCACCGGCUUUGGCUGUUUUAAUGUUUUGUUUCCCCCCCCCAACCGACUUUUAAACUCACUUCCUUUAACUAAGGUCCGACGCGAACACUAACCGUAACGCUAGAUCUCACGCUCCCUAAUCUUUCCCUCUCUCGCCCGCCGUGAACUUGAGUCGGUCAGACUGGCGGCAGAGUGUGUGUGUGUGCGUGUCUGCGCGUGCAUGUAAGUGAGGAAUGUUUUUGGUUUUGUGAUCUGAAAAUGACUCGACGAGUAUUCUGUUACAAAGCACACGUCAUUGAGGCAAGAGAGCGAGGUGACCCUCUGCUUUGUCUUUUUUUUUGUACGUGCAAGCACACGCAUUGCGAUUUCUUCUACUGACAUGCUUUUUUUAAAUUUUAAUAUCUGCUCCUUUUUCUGUCACGUUUUAUUUAUUACUUUUGCUAGUGAAAAUGCUCUUCUGUUAUUUUGUACUCAUUUGGUGGAACAUGUUUUGUUUUGUUUUUUCUAAUCCAGUAUUAUGUCAUAUGGUCAGCCAGUAUUAACACGAAUCAGUUGAUUGUCUCUAAUCUUGAGUAUUGUACAUAUUGUGGUGUUUACUGGCUGAUGUUUAAUCAAUAGCUGGACCUUGUCCAAUCGGAUCAUGCGCCUCAAGCGCUCUCUGUGACUCAGUGAGUGGCAUUGACAACUUGAUUGAUUAUAUGAAUGAGAUUAUUUGACUCCGCUCACUCGUACCUAAAUUGCUUACAACUUCCUUCCAUCAUUGCAUGGCUACAUUUACUUGAUGGCUAGAAUGUGGAGAUUAUUAUGAUUUUAUUUUUUUCGGUCUUUGAUAUUUGAAUUGUCAUCUACCUUUUUUGGUGUUCUUAUGACGUCCUGUUGUUGUUUCAUUCUUAAUAAAGAGGAAAAUGAUACAGCA